CGUCCGACGCAACUUCCUCUGAAAACAACCCCACGUGUGGUGGUGGUGGAAAUGAAUGAGCCGCUGUCAAACAAACGGAGUUAACAGAAGAAACUGACGUCAAGUGAUUAUUACAUCAUAUCUUUUUUUGUGUUUUCGUAUUAAACCCAGAAGGACGUGACGUGUGGAGGAGAGCGGCGUGUUCACCAUGAGCUUCGUGGAGUACUCUGACUUGAUCCAGGACGGGGACGUCGCAGUCGUCUACCUGGGCCACGACUCCAUGAUGCCCGUCAAGGUGCAGCAGGGCGCCCAAACGCAAACCCGCUACGGCGUCAUCCGCCACUCGACGGACCUGAUCGGCCAGCGGUACGGGUCGAAGGUCACCUGCAGCAAAGGCGGCUGGGUGCACGUGCUGCACCCGACGCCCGAGCUGUGGACGGUCACCCUGCCCCACCGCACGCAGAUCCUCUACACCACCGACAUCGCCACCAUCACCAUGAUGCUGGAGCUGAAGCCGGGCUCCGUCGUCUGCGAGUCAGGUACCGGCAGCGGCUCUCUCUCCCAUGCCAUCCUGCGCACCGUCGCCCCCACAGGCCACCUGCACACGGUGGAGUUCCACCAGCAGCGGGCGGAGAAGGUGGCCGAGGAGUUCAAGGAGCACCGGGUGGGGCACCUGGUCACCGUCCGGAACCAGGACGUGUGCAAAGACGGCUUCGGCGUGACCGGCGUGGCGGACGCCGUGUUCCUGGACAUCCCCAGUCCGUGGGAGGCGGUGGGACACGCCAAGGCUGCUCUGAAGAGACAAGGAGGUCGGGUGUGCUCGUUCUCUCCGUGCAUCGAGCAGGUCCAGAAGACGUGCGAGGCUCUGGCCCAUCAGGGCUUCGAGGAGAUCAGCCCCCUGGAGGUUCUGCUGAGGGUCCACGACGUCCGGACCGUCUCGCUGCCGCUGCCCGACUUCGGCCCCGACGCCUCCUCCGCCCAGACUCCGCCCGACGCCCGAGAGGGGACGCCCAGAUACGGCUCCGUCGCCCUGAAGACCACCACGGCUCCCCGGGAGAUGCCCGGUCACACAGGUUACCUCACCUUCGCCACCAAACCCAGAACCUAGAGCUCAGAGGGAUUCGUCUCUGAUGUAGUUUAUAUAAUCCGCUCUUUCCUCCGUACAUUCGUAAGACUGAGAUAAUCCCGCGCAGGUACCAGGUUCCUCUCGGUACCGGUUGGCACGGAUUUACACAUUUCUGUGUUACAUCAUUUUGUGCUCCCGUCUCUUGGCACCGGUCGGUCGGUUGCUUGCAUCAAGCAAGAUUGAAAAUCAAAUCAACAGAAAAUUUCAUUUGAGAGGAAAAUACUUAUUUCAAAGAAGUGGUUUUAUUUUUUAUUUCCUUUUUUAAUUUUUGACACUUUUGGAUUCAAGCGAAUACAAUAAAUGCGUGAAAAAAAAUCAUGUUUUCUUUGUUCUGUUGUACAAAAACAUCAACGUGUAGAAGAUAGAGAAUAACCUGUAAUUUAUCACAGAAGCUAACAUGACCUUUGAGCAAAAACAUAUACAGUAAGAUGCAGAUAUGUAGAAUAAAACAAUACUUUCUGUUUAAA